AUGGCCGAGCUCAGCUUCGGUCACAACUUGCGAGCGAAGAGGAAGGAAGUCAUCAACAACACCUUGAACUUCCUGCCAUGGGCCCAAGGUUGCUUCACAGCCUGUGGGCCCACAGGGUUCAACAGCCUCGAGACGCUGGCGCCAGCCAACACGGUGAAUUUCAACAAUGCUCCAGCAAAGAUGCUCGGGAUCGCCCUGCACGAGUACGGAUCGCCGUAUCAGUUCAAGGUCCAACUCUGCAACCUCCCCCGAGAGAUUCGAGACUUCGAGGUCCUCGUGCAAGUCCAGACGGUCUCCGUCAACCCGACAGACUGCAAGCUGAGGAGCGGGAGCCUGUCCCAGCUCUACCCGCUCUCUCUUCCUGUUCUCCUUGGCUGCGACUUCAGCGGCAUCAUUGUCAAGGCAGGAUCGGCGGUUCCGUUCAAGGUCGGGCAGAAGAUCUUCGGGCGUCAGACGCUGGACAGGAUCCGUGAAGUUCAUGGGACGUAUGCGGAGUACUGUGUGGCAGACUACCAUGAGAUCGCUGAGAUGCCGGAGGAAGCGAGCUUCGAACAGGCAGCGGCUGUGCCUUGGGCAGGCCUUACAGCUUACGCGGCACUGGUGCGGGUGGGGGGGAUCUCCUACAAGAACUCGACAGGAGGGAGGAGAGCUGUUCUUAUACUUGGGGGAAGCGGAGGCGUCGGGACGUUUGCCGUGCAGAUAGCGAAGCAUUAUCUUCGAUGCCACACUACAGUGACAUGCAGCUCGUCGAACGCUGAGAUGAUGGAGAAGAUUGGCGCUGACGAGAUCGUCAACUACAACGACGUUAACUUCUGGGACAAGAUCAGCAAGCCGAUCUUAGGGCAGGGCAAGGUCGGCUACAACGUCGUCCUCGACUGUGUCGGAGGAGACGAUUACUGGCAAGCGUGCCAGCCGCUGCUGGUCGAAGAUGGAUCAUAUGUAACCCUAGUGGGAGCGGAGAGAUAUGGAGGCGAAGAGAAGUCAGAGCCUAGAGUACAGUGUCGGAUCUGCAAUAACUGCGCAGGUCAGAUGGUGGUGUUGGUGGUGGUGAUGAUGAUUAUGAUGAUGGGGAUGAUGUGGAUGGGGAUGGGGAUGGGGAUGGGGAUGGGGAUGGGGAUGGGGAUGGGGAUGGGGAUGGGGAUGGGGAUGGGGAUGGGGAUGGGGAUGGGGAUAACGAUAAUGGUGGAGAUGAUGGUGAUGAUGAUGAUGAUGGUGAUGAUGCAAUCGGGGAUCAGGAGAGGUCUUGGACUGAUAGGGGCCAGCAAGCGAUACACCGUCUUCACGCCAUCCAUGACUAAUAACGAGGACCUCUCAAUCCUUGCUUCCCUGAUGCGCGAGGGCAAGAUGGUGCCUGUUGUCUCAAAGAAGUUGAAUGUAGUUGAUGUCAGAAACCUUAGUGAGGGUGUCGUGCCGAAGGAUUGGAAUGCUUGCAGUCUGUCUGGGAUGUACAGCAUGUAUGACAUCAUCGAUGCACACGAGCAUCUCGAGACUCAUCACGCCGUGGGCAAGUGUGUGAUCCAGAUACGGAAGACUAUCCCCGAGGAAGAGGACGAACAAGGAUCGCAACCCGAUGACGACGAUGACAAGGAGAUCGAUUUGGCAAACAUGGUGCUAGAUAAGACAACGAUGAGGCUCGUUCCGAAGAACUCGGCGGGGGGCAUGGACGACGCGCUGCGGCAGAAGCAGCUACAGGUCACCUCGAAGCUCAAGCACAAGACCAGAGAGGAGGAUCGCGACCCCCCCAAGAAGGCUGUCAAGUUCCAGACCGAAGAAGAGGAGCUGGGCGCAGCAGGCGAUACAGAAGGGGGCGCAGCUGGGGAAGGGAGGGGGUUUGCGGGGAAGCUCAGCAGGAAGGAGCAGUACAGGAUGGCAGUGCUGCAAGCGCAGACGGAGCUGCUGGAGCAGGAGGCGAACGCCAAGGUGAGGCGGGAGGAGGGGGGGGACGAUGAGGACGUGACAAGCAUGCGACAGAAAACUUCUCGCAGCGAUGAAGCAGACGAUGAGGAGCAGGAGGAUGGAGGGGGAGACGACGAAAGUCUGCAGGCCAUCCGGUACUCAGGAAUGCUGAGGAAGAAAAAGGAAGACCAUGGGAUGUUCGAGGACCCGUACAAGACGAUGUGCAUGGCGACGCUCGAUGAUGGGAUCUUGACCCUGAAGAUGAUUGUCAACGGUGAAGUCACAGACAGUCAGGAGAUGUACAACCUCGGGGACGGAUGGAAGCUCAUCAUUCGCGACGACAAGAAGGAUCGCUUCUCCCUCAUCCGCAGCAGCGGCUCGUCGUCCGAACCAACUCAAAUCACCCUCAAGGCGGAGAAUAGGAUGGAAGGAGAGGCAUGGAUCGAGAAGCUGACGGAGACAGCACGAUGGUUCGGGGAAUGGUGA